GUGGUGGUGGUGGUGGUAGUGGCAGUGGUAGUGGUAGUAGCAGUGUUAGUGGUAGUGGCAGUGGCAGUGGUAGAACUGGUGGCAGUGACAGUGUUAGUGGUGGUGGUAGUGGCAGUUAGAAGUGGUGAGAGUGGCAAUGGCAGUGGCAGUGCUAGAGGUGGUGUUAGUGAAAGUGGCAGUAUAGCUGGUAAUGGCAGUGGCAAUGUCAGAGGUGUUGAUAGUGGUAGUGGCAGUGUAAGUGGGGCUGGUAAUGUCAAUGGCACUAUUGGUGGUAGCGGCAGGUGCAGUGUUAGUGGUGGUGGUAGUGGUAGUGGCAGUGGCAGUGGUAGUUGUAGUGGUAGUGGCAGUGUUAGUGGUGGUGGUAGUGGCAGUUAGAAGUGGUGAGAGUGGCAAUGGCAGUGGUAGUGCUAGAGGUGGUGUUAGUGAAAGUGGCAGUAUAUCUGGUAAUGGCAGUGGCAAUGUCAGAGGUGGUGAUAGUGGUAGUGGCAGUGUAAGUGGGGCUGGUAAUGUCAAUGGCACUAUUGGUAGUAGCGGCAGGCGCAGUGUUUGUGGUGAUGGUAGUGACAGUGGCAGUUGUGAUAGUAGUAGUAGUUAUAAAAGCAGUGAUAGUGGCAGUGGUAGUGGUGGUGCUAGCGGUGGUGGGGGUGGUAGUGUCAGUGUUAGCCGGUGGUAAUCAUCGGGUAAACAGCCGACAUUUGGCGACCCUACCAAUGGUUUCCCCGCCAAAUGACGUCUGAGAAACUAGCGCAGAAAUUCCAUAUUGAUGACGCGUCACUACCCAGAUCUGGGUAGUGACGCGUCAUCAGUAUGGAAUUUCUGCGCUAGUUUCUCAGACGUUAUUUGGCCGUGAAACCAGUGGUAGCGUCGCCAAAUGUCGGCUGUUUCCUCGGGCUACAUCGGGUAGAGGUAGCUGCAGUGUUCGAGUUAGUUGUAAUGGUAGGGGUAAUGGUUGUGGUGGCCAGUGGUAGUGGUUGUGGUAGUGAUAGUGGUAGUGGGAAUGCCAGUGGCAGUGGUUGUGAUAGUGAUGGUGGCAGUGACACUGACAGUGGUAGUGGUCGUUUUAGUGGUAGUGGUAGUGGUAGCAGUAGGGAUAGGAGUAGGGGUAGUGGCAAUGUUAGCGUUA